GCUUCGACAGCUUCAACAAUAGGUGCUACUGUUCAAUUUGAAUGUAUUUCUAAUGAUCAUAAGAUCCUGUUACACAUUAAGAACUUAAAGCACUCCAGGUCUACACCAUCACUGAGCUGCUCGCUGGCAGAGCUGAUGAAGGGGCUGCACAACAUGCUGCUUACUGAGUUGAUGGAGGCCUACUGCCCAAUAGCGAGUGGCCAUCAUAGUCACCUUUCUUGUGAUCGCAAGACUCCCAUGGACAUUGACAAUCAGGCUCAAUAGAUGGUAUUAUCCGGGCGAAUACCUGAACUUCCGGCCAAAGAAAUUCAUUUUCUUGAUCAUCCUGAAUGAAGAAAAAUUGAUAGCAAAGCAAAAUGACUCAGAAAGAAUGAUGCCUUUUUGGGUGAUCGGCAUGCUCCUGGUGGAGUUUUCGCUGUGUCAGUUUCUCGGGCCUCGAGCAGGUUCUAAUGAAGACAAUAAGCUGAUACGGAGGGGAUUCUGGCCGAAUAAUGACUAUUUUAAUCCACCGGAGUCCCGUUCCAGCCAGUACGGAUUUCAAAGACAAUAUCACCGUAUUCGUUGUGGUUGGCCUACUAUUCCAAAACAUGGAUCAUGCAGGAUCUUUGGAAGGGUAGCCUACUACACCUGUGACCGUGGAUUUGCAAUGGUUGGCAAAGCAAGAUCAGUCUGCAUAGCAAACUACCACUGGCAGUUCCCAGCACCUUAUUGUGUUGCUAUAUACUUUGGACCAAAGGGCCCUAAAGGUUUGCAAGGACCAGAAGGAAUGCAUGGUGAUAAAGGUGAUGAUGGACAACCUGGACCACGUGGCCAGAGAGGUCGCAGUGGAACACCAGGAAUACCAGGCACAGUGGGUGCCCCUGGGCCAGUUGGCUUGUCUGGAAAGGCUGGUCAACAGGGUCCAAUGGGUUUCCCAGGUCCAAGUGGUACUGAUGGACAAAAUGGCCAACCAGGAAGCAAAGGAGAUCGUGGAGCGCCAGGAAUGAAAGGAUAUAUGGGAGCAAAUGGGCCUCAGGGACCCAGGGGAAUGAAAGGUGAUCCUGGUACAAGGGGAAUAGCUGGGGCUAUUGCUGUUGCAUCAACAUCUGCAUUUUCAGUUGUACUUGGAAGUAGAAACCCUUCACCUGUCCAAUCAAUUACCUGGCAGAGACCAAUCUACAAUGGAGAUGGGGACUUUCAGAUGAGCUCCGGCACUUUCCUUUGUAGAAUACCUGGCGUGUACCAUUUUACAUAUAUCUUCCAAUUUACAGGGAUGUAG